AUGUUUCUGCUGGUCUCUGGUGUUCCACAAAGGAACGGCACGGAACACGUAACAGAAAUAGCUGAUCUUUGCCUGAAUCUGAGGACCAGAACACGUUCCGUAUGUCUGGACAUCCUGCCCAAUGAUGGUGUUAGGCUGAGAUUCGGUGUUUGCACGGGUCCUGUGGCAGCAGGCAUCGUUGGGCUCAAGAUGCCAAGGUACCUUCUCUUUGGAGACACCGUGAACAUGGCAGCCAGAAUGCAAUCUACAAGCAAACCUCAAUGUAUCCAUCUGUCAGAGACCAGCGCUACAUUACUUAACAGCAAAACAGGAUACAGGCUGGAGCAGCGAGAAGCAGUGGAGAUAAAAGGCAAAGGAGUCAUGCAGACAUAUUGGCUUUUGGAGAAGACGACGUUACGAAACUCGCACAGAGUGGCUAGAACAAAUGUCUCUUAG